GUGUUGUUGUUGUUGAUGUUGAUGGUGUUGUUGAUGUUGAUGUUGCUGAUGCAGGUGGGGGUGAACAUCACCCUCACUAGCUUCUCGCUGACCAAGGUGUUGGCUCUGAGCGCCUUCCACAUUGCACACAAUGCCUCAGCGCUGAACAUCGAACUGAGGGAGCUUGGAAGCCACAGAUGGACGUUCCUCUCUCCUGGGGAGCGUGCACCGCUUUGGCCAGAGUGUACCAGCGGGAGAAUGUGCUUGCGAGUGGCCGGCUCUGAGUUGGAGUCGGCAGACUUCCUCUACACGCUACCUCAACCUCACACCGCACUGCAGCUGCAGGAUGAGCCCUUUGCGCUGUGCGUGGAGGUGAGCGUUGUGGAGAGCUGUGCGCUGGUGAGGGUGAGCGACUACACAAGAGGCACCGCUCCCGUGCUGAUCAUCAACCACACAGAGUCACUGGCGCUCACCUACUCUCAGGGGUGA